GCACUGCUUGUUUUCUAUCCUCCCCCCCACUCCUGUGGAGGCCCCCAAUUUCUCUCCUGAUUAAAGCUGAAUGUCUCCAUCUUGAAAGUCAAGAACAAGUUCUGGGAACACUAUAGGUGUGGGGCCCUGGGAUGGUGGGAUAUGUGAAUAGAGGACAAGUGGAUUCUCUGGAAAAGAAAAUUGGAGAGCACGUAAAGCCUGAUGACAGGACGGUGACUGGAACUGUGUUGGUCCUAAGUGUGGGAACAGAGCAAAUAAGCAAUUCCCAAAUUAGUUACUAGGAUUUAAAAUUGGGGAGAUUCACAUUAGUACUAGAUUUUUGACUUUUCAUAAACAUCCAAAGAUUUGCCCGUAGUGGGCCCACAGUCCCCUAAGGCCGCCUGGGCUGGAGCUAAGUGGCAGCCACCAUUAGCCAGGCCAGGUGUUCUUCAUUUAUCCCCUGGCCCCAUCUGCCCUGUUUUGCUCUUCUCUAUCUGCCAACCCCUAUAGGCAUAUGAGUUUGUGAUUCCUCUGUCACAGAAAGUGUUUCUGGGUACAAUGUUGCUACAUUUUAUAUCAACCUCAAUCCUCCUCUUACCAUCUCGGCCUUGUUGGGAGACCUAGUAAAGGUUUGAUCUGUCUGAAGUAGAUUGCAUGACAAUUGUAGACAAAGCUUCCAGUCGAUAAUAGAAUGUGAUGAGAGAUAAAAUAAUUGUAUCCUGUAUUAUAAACAAUUAUAGCUUAAUCUCAAUAAAUUCAAUGGGAACAAAGGAUACUUUUUAAAUUAGAUUUUAUUUUUUGCAGACUUUACUCCAAAAAAUACCUUCGAGGAAAAAGAAGAUAAUUAUGAAGCAGGCUUCCUUGAUGAAAUAUCUCUUCAUUCGAGUGCAAUAAUUUAGUGUUUUCCAAGCUGCUCUGAUAAGAACUCCCUGGGCGCUUGUUAAACACUCAGAUUCCCAGGUCCCCUUUGGUGUCUCUCGGCAUGGGGCAGAGCCUGUGAAUUCUUUUGUGGCAGGUGCUCCAUGGUUACUGUUGUCAGGCAAAUUUGAGGCGCCCUGACUUCAUGCUUGGGCAUUUUGUUCCCAACAUCACCUUUGGUCACCCCGUGGUAGAAAGCCUCCGAAAGCAGCUAGGCCAGGACCCUUUCUUUGACAUGCACAUGAUGGUGUCCAGGCCGGAGCAGUGGGUGAAGCCGAUGGCGGUGGCAGGAGCCAAUCAGUACACCUUCCAUCUUGAGGCCACAGAGAACCCCGGGGCUUUGAUUAAAGACAUUCGGGAGAACGGGAUGAAGGUUGGCCUUGCCAUCAAACCAGGAACUACAGUUGAGUACUUGGCUCCGUGGGCUAAUCAAAUAGAUAUGGCCUUGGUUAUGACAGUGGAACCUGGGUUUGGAGGGCAGAAAUUCAUGGAAGAUAUGUUGCCAAAGGUUCACUGGUUGAGGACCCAGUUCCCGUCUUUGGACAUAGAGGUCGAUGGCGGCGUAGGUCCUGACACUAUCCAUAAAUGUGCAGAGGCAGGAGCUAACAUGAUUGUGUCUGGCAGUGCCAUUAUGAGGAGUGAAGAUCCCCGAUCUGUGAUCAACCUGUUAAGAAAUGUUUGCUCGGAAGCUGCUCAGAAGCGUUCUCUUGAUCGAUGAAACCACAAGGAGGCUUAUGUUUCUCCUCAUGAAGUCUCCUCUCUCCUGGAAAAUAAGAAUAUUGACUUCCAGCUCAUAUCACAGUUGAGGCAGUGCUGCUGUUCCGAGCAACUAUUCAUUCCAGUGACUAAAAUCUAUGGUGCAGAAUGUUAUAAGAGGUUAGAAAUCGGUGUGUAUAGCUACAUUUGUAGAGAUGGAAUUUAAAGAUUAGUGUGGUAAAAUACCGUUUUUACUGCGAGACUUGAUUUUUAUAAAGAGUAAAAAUAUGGCUGUAUUAAGGUUAUAAAAAGAAAUGUGUCUUAAUGUCUAAGGAAGGCUUAUUAGCUACUAUGGAAAAUGUUUUUUUCUGGAUUUCUAAAAAGAAUAUUUUGCUGUUUCUCAGCUGUUUUCCAAAAGCAAAGGAAGUCCUUGUUUUCCCUGUUUCGUGUCAUUUUUGAUUUGUAUAUGUGCUUGAUAACUUGAGUAGAAUGGAAUUUAUGAAAAAUCUAAGUUUGGAUCUGGCUGG